AGGUAAAAAAGGUCUUCAUUGAACACUACUUUUGCUAUAGAAUUAUACUUAAUUGUCAAAGAAAAAUGAGAGAUGCUAAAUCCAGCGAUCAGAUUGCUAAUAGCUAACGCGGCGGUUGUCAUGGCGGCGAACAUGGAAGAAGAGGAGAAGAAGAAACACAGCUGGAAGGUGCAGCUGCAGUUUCCUAGAUUGAAAACAUGACGGUCCAGACAUCAAACCAGGGCCAAUGGUCUAUUUUGAACCCACCUGACUUACCUUCGACAGCUUGCCAGACAGCAAAACCCCUCCACAGUUGUUGCCCUCUCCCUCUAGCCCCCCCUCCCAUCCUAUUCUUUACCACCCCUGCCCACCUAUUUGUGUCGACCUCAGCCAAUAAGAGCCUCUCCGUUUCAGCCAGGAUGGAGAACGCACACACCAAAGAGUCGGAGGACGUCCUGUCCAACUUUGGUGUCACUGAAGAUAGCGGCCUCUCACCUGAGCAGGUUAAGAAGAACCUGGACAAGUAUGGCUACAACGAGCUUCCAGCAGAGGAGGGAAAGACGAUCUGGGAGUUGGUUGGGGAACAGUUUGAGGACCUGUUGGUCAGAAUCCUUCUGCUGGCUGCCUGCAUCUCUUUCGUGCUGGCCUGGUUCGAGGAAGGAGAGGAAACUGUCACUGCCUUUGUCGAGCCCUUUGUCAUCCUCCUCAUCCUCAUUGCCAAUGCUGUUGUUGGAGUGUGGCAGGAGCGCAACGCAGAGGAUGCCAUUGAGGCUCUGAAGGAGUACGAGCCUGAGAUGGGCAAAGUUUACCGCUCAGACAGGAAGAGUGUGCAGAGGAUCAAGGCCAGGGAGAUCGUUCCUGGUGAUGUGGUAGAAAUUUCUGUUGGUGACAAAGUGCCAGCUGACAUCAGAAUCAUCUCCAUCAAAUCUACAACCCUGCGUGUGGACCAGUCCAUCCUCACUGGCGAGUCCGUCAGUGUGAUCAAACACACUGAUGCCGUCCCCGACCCCCGAGCUGUCAACCAGGACAAGAAGAACAUGCUCUUCUCUGGUACCAACAUCGCUGCUGGUAGAGCCACUGGUGUCGCUAUUGCAACUGGAGUCUCCACUGAGAUCGGUAAGAUUCGUGACCAGAUGGCUGCAACUGAGCAGGAGAAGACGCCUCUGCAGCAGAAACUGGACGAGUUCGGAGAGCAGCUCUCCAAGGUUAUCUCUCUCAUCUGUGUGGCUGUGUGGAUCAUCAACAUUGGUCAUUUCAACGACCCCGUGCACGGAGGCUCCUGGUUCCGUGGUGCCAUCUACUAUUUUAAGAUUGCCGUGGCUCUGGCUGUGGCUGCCAUCCCUGAAGGUCUCCCUGCUGUCAUCACCACCUGCCUUGCUCUGGGAACUCGCCGUAUGGCCAAGAAGAACGCAAUCGUCAGAAGUCUGCCCUCUGUGGAGACGCUGGGCUGCACCUCUGUCAUCUGCUCCGACAAGACCGGCACCCUCACCACCAACCAGAUGUGUGUGACCAAGAUGUUCAUCAUCGAUAAAGUCGAUGGGGACAGUUGUUCCCUCAGUCAGUUCGACAUCUCAGGUUCAAAGUACACACCUGAGGGAGAAGUUACAAAGAACGGCUCCUCUGUGAAGUGUGGACAGUUCGACGGCCUGGUUGAACUGGCGACCAUCUGUGCUCUGUGCAACGACUCCUCUCUGGACUACAACGAGUCUAAAGGUAUUUUUGAGAAGGUGGGCGAGGCCACUGAGACCGCUCUGUGCUGUCUAGUGGAGAAGAUGAAUGUGUUCAACAGUGAAGUGCGCGGCCUGUCCAGAGUGGAGAGGGCAAACGCUUGCUGUGCGGUGAUCAAGCAGCUGAUGAGGAAGGAGUUCACCCUGGAGUUCUCCAGAGACAGGAAGUCCAUGUCUGUGUUCUGCUCUCCUGCUAAGUCUGCAAAAGCACCUGUGGGAAACAAGAUGUUUGUCAAAGGUGCCCCAGAAGGCGUCAUUGAUCGCUGUGCAUACAUUCGUGUGGGAACCACUCGUGUCCCCCUCACCGGCCCCGUCAAAGACCACAUCUUGUCAGUUAUCAAGGAGUGGGGAACUGGACGGGACACCCUCCGCUGUCUGGCUCUGGCCACCAAAGAUACUCCUAUGAGGAAGGAGGAGAUGAACCUUGAGGACUCCACCAAGUUUGCAGACUAUGAGACUGAUCUGACCUUUGUGGGCUGUGUCGGCAUGCUUGACCCUCCUCGUAAGGAAGUCAUGAGCUCCAUUGAGCUGUGCAGAGCUGCAGGCAUCAGAGUCAUCAUGAUCACUGGUGACAACAAAGGCACAGCUGUUGCCAUCUGCCGCCGCAUCGGCAUCUUCAGCGAGGAAGAGGAUGUCACAGGAAAGGCUUAUACCGGUCGUGAGUUUGAUGACCUCAGUCCAUACGAUCAGAAGAACGCUGUCAGAAAGGCGUGCUGCUUCGCCAGAGUUGAACCAUCCCACAAGUCAAAGAUCGUUGAGUUCCUGCAGGGCUUCGAUGAGAUUACUGCCAUGACCGGUGACGGAGUGAACGAUGCCCCCGCCCUGAAAAAGGCGGAGAUUGGCAUCGCCAUGGGCUCUGGCACUGCCGUUGCCAAGUCUGCCUCUGAGAUGGUCCUGGCUGACGACAACUUCUCUUCCAUCGUGUCCGCUGUGGAGGAGGGACGAGCCAUUUACAACAACAUGAAACAGUUCAUCCGCUACCUCAUCUCCUCCAACGUGGGCGAGGUCGUCUGUAUCUUCCUCACUGCCGCUCUGGGUCUCCCUGAGGCUCUGAUCCCCGUUCAGCUGCUCUGGGUCAACCUGGUGACUGAUGGUCUGCCCGCCACUGCCCUGGGCUUCAACCCCCCUGACCUGGACAUCAUGGGCAAAGCCCCCCGCUCCCCCAAAGAGCCCCUCAUCUCAGGCUGGCUCUUCUUCAGAUACUUAGCCAUUGGAGGUUACGUCGGUGCAGCCACAGUUGCCGCAGCUGCCUGGUGGUUCCUGUACUGCGAUGAAGGCCCGAUGGUCUCCUUCCACCAGCUGUCUCACUUCAUGCAGUGCAGCGAGGAAAACGAGGACUUCACAGGGAUCAACUGCCACGUGUUUGAGGCUGCUCCUCCCAUGACGAUGGCUCUGUCUGUGCUCGUCACCAUUGAGAUGUGCAACGCUCUUAACAGUCUGUCUGAGAAUCAGUCCCUGGUCCGCAUGCCCCCCUGGAGCAACCUCUGGCUGGUGGGCGCCAUGUCCCUCUCCAUGUCCCUCCACUUCAUGAUCAUCUACGUCGACCCCCUGCCCAUGAUCUUCAAGCUGACUCACCUGAACGUGGAGCAGUGGUUGAUGGUCGUGAAGCUCUCCUUCCCCGUCAUCCUCAUCGACGAGCUGCUCAAGUUUGUGGCUCGCACGUAUCUGGAGGGUAAAGUGUAAGGUGAAGUCGAGCAGAGAGCGGCUGAAGCAGAGAGAGAGAGAGAGAGAGAGAGAGAGAGACAGAGAGAGCGAGAGCGAGAGAGAGAGAAAGGAGGCUCAGCGGAGAGAUCACUGAGCACUCACUCUGAACGAGAGCUGCCAAAAAAAGCCACAGUGAUCUAAACACCAAGUGGCCUGAAAACAAACACAAUAAGCCAUCUGAAGAUACACCACAAAAAGCUGCAAACUAUUUUUCUGUGUAUGUACUGAGGUUAAUAUAUAGCUGAGUUAUUAAAACUAUUCUGUGUUGAUUUUAUUCUUUAAGAAUAAAGAGAUGUACAAAACUAA